AUGGUAAGAGCAAACCCCACACCCGCCACUGUGAGUGUCUGGAAGCCGGCGGCGGCGUCUCCAGCUCCAGCCGACAGCGACGAGCCUCAAUCGCCUCGAAUAGCCGGCCAGCCAGACGACAGGAGGGAUGCGAGCCUCAAGAAGAGGUCGCGCAAGAAAACCCUUGCUGCUGGAUCGUGGCCAUGCAAAAUCAAUGGAUGCAACAAGCAGUUCGCGCGGGAAGCGGAUCUGAAGAGGCACCAAAGGACGACCAAGUUGCAUUCAAUGCCAAGCUUUGCAUGUCCGCAAUGCGAUAACACGUUCACGAGGACGGAUGCUCUGCGGAGACACCAGAAAUCGCGGCAUGAUGGAGUCAUCAUCGAACCGGUGGAACAGACAGGCGACGAGAACGCCGACACCCGAAGUCGGAGCGGAACACCAUCGUCGAAGGGCAAGGAGAGGGCAACGAACAUCCCUGUACAAACACACCAGGGAACGCCAAUCCCUACCGGUCCUUCGAGCUACUACCGUUCACAUACUGCUACCAUCAGUCCUUUCAUCCCCGUUCACCUGCAAGCUACACAAACAACCCUACCAGUCUCGUCGACACGAACUGGACCUCCCUGGCCGACCUAUCCCACGAACUGGACGAACGGCUCCCUACCUCCGAACAUGGGUCCGAUAAGCUAUAUACCUCAAUCGACGUACUACCCCUCUCCGCACUAUCGACCACACACUAGUUCAUAUCCUACCACCAACCCACCGUCUAAGCCCCUUCAACCGCUCCAGACGCAAGGGAACGGAUCGCUGUCUGUACCGAACGCGUCUUCCCAAGUAACCCCGGCUUCCCGAAACCCACCGCAACCACCAGAAUCAUCGAGCAGACCUCCUUCAGCACCCUCCAUGAUACCAGGCAUUGAUCCCGAGAUAACCGCGGAGGACAUCGUUAACGCGGUCGAGGCCGUGCUGCGGCAGGCAGAUUUGGAGGCUGCGAAGAAGAAGGAACGUGAAGAGCAGGAGAAACUAGAACGCGAACGGCAGACGCAGAAUACGGAUCCCUCAAUGGACGGGGUCAUUGGGGAUGACCUAGACAGCCAUAGGAGUUUCGGCCUAGAGGACGGACUCGAUGGGAUGCCUGGCUACGGGUCGUCAUUUGAGAGGCCUGAGCCUAUGGAACACAUGCUUACGGAGGAUGGAGAGCCUAUGUUAAACCCAGCUGAGCUGCUUACACAGGAAUCUCUCGCGUCGCCACCUCCGUCAUGA